ACAUCUCUAGACAGAUCUGACAGUUUGAAGCAAAACAAACAGGCCGAGGUCCAGUGCGGUGUUAUACAAUUUUAAUCCAAAAAAAUAUUGGCAAUCUAUUCGAUAAUUUACUUUUAAUUGGAAAUGUCUAAAGCAGCAGGCAGACUAAAGUCACUUAAAAAAAGUAUUGACAAAAUCAAUCACUCCAGUAAGCUCCGAACAAACAUCCCGGCGGGUAUGGCCAUUGCGGGACCUCCACUUGGGCCAAUGCUCGGUCAACGUGGUAUCAAUAUAGCAGCAUUCUGCAAAGACUUUAACGAACGGACUAAAGAUUAUAAGGAAGGCAUUCCACUUCCAUGUCGUGUGGCUGUCACAUCCGAUCGCACUUACGAGCUAACAAUUCACGCACCCCCGGCAACAUUCCUUCUAAAGCAGGCAGCUGGAAUACAGAGAGGGGCAAUGAAUCCCGGCCAAGAAGUGGCAGGCAAAAUCACACGGAAACAUCUGUACGAGAUUGCCCAGAUUAAGCUUCAGGAUCCACCAAAUGCCUUGUUGACGCUCGAACAGAUGUGUAAAGCACUGGUAGGGGUUGCUCGGACGUGUGGCAUUGAAAUUGUUAACGAAAUGGAUGCUACCGAGUACCAGGCAUUUCUAGAGGAACGAAAAGAAAUUGUGGAAGCACAGCGUAAAGAGCUACAGGAGAAGAGAGAGGCCAGAAUGCUACGAAUGGGUUAACGUAGAUCAGAAAUGCAUAUGUUGGUAAAUAGCAGAGAAAAAUAAGCAUAAAUCGUAAUAGAACUUUGAGAAAGCUGGUAAA